AUGUCAACCAUUCACAAUAAUAUCAUCGGUUUUCCGGAAAUAUCGGCUAGUUCAAUUGGAUAUUUGCGCCCACCAUCAUCUUUAAGUUUACCAUCAAAUAGCGGUGAUUCUGGUUUUUUACCAUCAAGAUAUGGUAGUGCAACUGCUUCAACAACAAAUAUCAAUACUGGAAUUAAUUCUACAUCUGGCAAUACAUCUGUUCGCUCAUCACCGAUACCAACUGAGCAAGAUAUUGAUCAAAUAUUACGUAAAGCAGUGGAAUUAUUAACUUUACGAAAUGAAGCAUUAAAGUAUGCUAGUACUUCUUCAAAGCUUACUGAUGAUACUCGAUAUUUUAAUAGUAUUUCUGGCUUUUACAAUUUUAAUACAACAAAUUCUAUAACAAAUAAUAUUGCAUCAUAUGAAAAACAACAAACUAAUCAUUUACGAUCGAAACGUUUACCACCUUUUACUCGUAAAUCACCAAAACCGGAUAGUUACAAAACGGUGAUGUGUCAAGCAUGGCUAGAAAGUGGAAUAUGUAAUUUUGCGGAAAAUUGUCGUUUUGCGCACGGUGAAGAAGAGUUACGUCCAUGCAACAAAUUACCAAUGAAAAAUCCUAAAUAUAAAACAAAAUUGUGCGAUAAAUACACAAUGGCUGGUCUAUGUCCAUACGGUGAUCGUUGUUUAUUUAUUCAUCCGGAAGCAUCAAAUGCAUCAAAUCCAUAUAUACGACCUGAUCGAUAUUUAAAAAUACAACAGGAACGUGCUCUUCUGACAUCUUUUAACAAUGCUAAUUCGAAAAGUUCACAAAUAUUAUUGUCGAAUCACACGACAAUAAAUCAUCCACCACCACCAUCUUGGCCACUUGAAUCACCAGCAUUUUUUUCUGCUCAUCGUGAUCUUGAUCAAUUGCUCAAUUUGGAUUAUUCUACUGAAAAUAUGAAAUCAUUAUUGAAAGAAUCAGAUCAAAAAUUGGUUGCAAAAAAUAUGGAUCAUACAUUGGUUCUUAGUGAUAUCACCAAUCAAACUAUGCUAUCAGUUCAAGCAACACCAAAUAGCAUUUCAUCUGCUAGCAAUUCAAAAAUGAAUAUCAUCUCACAUCAUGAUAGCCCAGAUUCUGGUAUCUCAUUUCAUGAUUACAAUGAAUCAACAACAUUUCGCGCACCAAUCAUUUCACAAUCGGAUGCGCAAUUGUCAUCAUCCGAUUAUCCAUUUCAAUUUGCUAUUCAUGCUGAUAAUCUUGCACGCUCAUUAGCAUGCGAAUUUAAAAUUGAUUAA